CUUCCGGCCCGCCCCCGUGCGGCCGCCCAGCGGACCACCGGACUGGCCUGGGGCGGGACGUAGGCGCGGGGGCGCGGCGUGCGGCGUGCGGCACGCGGCAGGGCUGAAGCGGCGGCGGCGGUGAGGACUGCACGUAGCCUGGCGCGCGGUAUGGCUCGCCUGGUGCUCGGUCUGGUGAGCUGUGCCUUCUUUCUGGCAGUGAAUGGUCUGUAUUCCUCUAGUGACGAUGUGAUCGAAUUAACUCCAUCAAAUUUCAACCGAGAAGUUAUUCAGAGUGAUAGCGUGUGGCUUGUAGAAUUCUAUGCUCCAUGGUGUGGUCACUGUCAAAGAUUAACACCAGAAUGGAAGAAAGCAGCAACUGCAUUAAAAGAUGUUGUCAAAGUUGGUGCAGUUGAUGCAGAUAAGCAUCAUUCCCUUGGAGGUCAGUAUGGUGUUCAGGGAUUUCCUACCAUUAAGAUUUUUGGAUCCAACAAAAACAGACCAGAAGAUUACCAAGGUGGCAGAACUGGUGAAGCCAUUGUAGAUGCUGCGCUCAGUGCUCUGCGCCAGCUCGUGAAGGAGCGCCUCGGGGGACAGAGCGGAGGAUACAGUUCUGGAAAACAAGGCAGAAGUGAUAGUUCAAGUAAGAAGGAUGUGAUUGAGCUGACAGACGACAGCUUUGAUAAGAAUGUUCUGGACAGUGAAGAUGUUUGGAUGGUUGAGUUCUAUGCUCCUUGGUGUGGACACUGCAAAAACCUAGAGCCAGAGUGGGCUGCCGCAGCUUCAGAAGUAAAAGAGCAGACGAAAGGAAAAGUGAAACUGGCAGCUGUGGAUGCUACAGUCAAUCAGGUUCUAGCCUCCCGAUACGGGAUUAGAGGAUUUCCUACAAUCAAGAUAUUUCAGAAAGGCGAGUCUCCUGUGGAUUAUGACGGUGGGCGGACAAGAUCUGACAUAGUGUCCCGGGCCCUUGAUUUGUUUUCUGAUAACGCCCCACCUCCUGAGCUGCUUGAGAUUAUCAAUGAGGACAUUGCCAAGAGGACGUGUGAGGAACACCAGCUCUGUGUUGUGGCUGUGCUGCCCCAUAUCCUUGAUACUGGAGCUGCAGGCAGAAAUUCUUAUCUGGAAGUUCUUCUGAAGUUGGCAGACAAAUACAAAAAGAAAAUGUGGGGGUGGCUGUGGACAGAAGCUGGAGCCCAGUCCGAACUUGAGACCGCGUUGGGGAUUGGAGGGUUUGGGUACCCCGCCAUGGCCGCCAUCAAUGCACGCAAGAUGAAAUUUGCUCUGCUAAAAGGCUCCUUCAGUGAGCAAGGCAUCAACGAAUUUCUCAGGGAGCUCUCUUUUGGGCGUGGCUCCACAGCACCUGUAGGAGGCGGGGCUUUCCCUACCAUCGUUGAGAGAGAGCCUUGGGACGGCAGGGAUGGCGAGCUUCCCGUGGAGGAUGACAUUGACCUCAGCGAUGUGGAGCUUGAUGACUUAGGGAAGGAUGAGUUGUGAGAGCCACAACAGAGGCUUCAGACCAUUGUCUUUUCUUGGGAGCCAGUGGAUUUUUCCAGCAGUGAAGGGACAUUCUCUACAAUCAGAUGACUCUACCAGUGGCCUUUUAACCAAGAAGUAGUACUUGAUUGGUCAUUUGAAAACACUGCAACAGUGAACUUUUGCAUCUCAAGAAAACAUUGAAAAAUUCUAUGAAUUGUUCUAGCCGGUGAAUUGAAUCGUAUUCUGUCACAUAAUAUUUUGAAGAAAACUUGGCUGUCAAAACAUUUUUGGACUGCUGCUUGAAUGUUCUUGGAGGCUGUUUCUUAUGUAUGGGUUUUUCUAAUGUGAUUCCUUCAUUUGAAUAUUAAUGGCUUUUUCCAUUAAAGAAUAAAAUAUUUUGGACAAUGCCGAUAAAUGUAUGAAAUUAGUAUCCACAUCAUAAAUUCAGAGUGAUGUUUAGCGGUAAAUCAGUGUUUUGAAGUGAUACACAGAUGUCUUUCCUCCCCAUAAACUUUUUUAAACAAAAAACAGGACCUCUUUUCUUCAGAUGGUGCCAUCUGUGCCCACCACAACAGAGAUUUUACAGGAAACUGGACUCAGUGAGAACUGAUUUCCUGCCCAAUAUUAGUCUUUGGGCUGUCUCUAGUGGCUAAUUAUUAAGGAUUCUAGCUGGUUAUACAGUUCAAGGCUUUCUAUGUUGUUAUGAACCUCAAAAUAGCCAUUAAGACAUGAAAUACAGCAGCAGGUUACCAAUGCGAACAGGUAGUUCACAUUUAUGUAAAACAUUCAGAAAAUGAAGUUUUGAAUUUGUUAGAACAUUCGAAGGACUUGAGAGCAUUUUAUUGUAACUUAAAAAAAUAAAUACAACUGUCACUAA